AAUGUUGCAGUUGGAGAUUGUGAAAACGGAUCAUAAUGGUGGGGAGAGCUACAGCAUGAGCCCAGCUUCAAGCUCAUCAAGAUGGCCAAAAGUUGAAGUUGAAGCACUUAUAAAAUUGAGGACAAAUCUUGAAGCUAAAUAUCAAGAGAAUGGGCCAAAAGGGCCACUUUGGGAGGAGAUUUCAUCAGCCAUGAAGAAACUUGGGUACAAUAGAAAUCCAAAGAGGUGCAAAGAGAAGUGGGAGAACAUAAACAAAUACUUCAAGAAAGUGAAGGAGAGUAAGAAGACAAGGCCUGAGGAUUCAAAAACUUGCCCUUAUUUUCACCAGCUUGAUGCUUUGUAUAGGGAGAAGAGCGGCAACAACGGCAACAACGUCAACAACAGCAAGCUCGAUAAUAUCGUAAUCGGAUCAUCGACGCGGAUUUUGCAGCACCAGCAGCAGCCGUUGAUGGUGCGGCCCGAGCAACAAUGGCCUCCCCAGCAGGAGCUUGCCCGCCCCGACUCAGGCAAUGAAGAGAUGGAGAGCGAACCGAUGGAUCGGGAUGAUAAGGAUGAAGACGAUGAAGACGACGACGACGAAGAGGGUGGUGGGAAUUAUGAGAUUGUGGCUAGCAAACCAGCUUCUGUGAGUGCUGCAGAGUGAGUGAGGACAAAGCAUGCUGUGGCUCUGGGAAAACUCGGGCACGAGUCGGGUCAGGGUUGUCGGGGCGGGUUUCGGUGUGGGAACUGGAUUGAAUUUGAGGAUAUUCUUCAUACACACACAUCCACAGAAGUUACUGAAAACUGAUGAGGGGGAAGGGAGAGGAGAGGGGUGUGGGUUGAGAAAUUGUAGAAUAGAGUCCGGCGAGAAUUAUAUGUUUUUCCAUUUUAAUAAUUUAUUUAUUUUUUUUGGACUAAAAAGAAAUAAGUUUGGGGUUUAGAGAGAGAGAGAAUGGAGUUUUAAGUGUUCCACAACAAGAAAUAAAGAGAGAGACUCUUUUCUAGUGUUGUA